AUGGACCCCCGGUCCGCCCCGUGGUACUACCUCCACGUCGAGGCGUACCAGAAGGGUGUCGUCGCGCAGCAGGGCCCGAUUCCCUUCGACGAGCUCCAUGUCAUGUACAAGGACGGCAAGGUGGAACGGGACACGUUCGUUUGGAGCGAAUGCCACGAGGCGGACGACUUCUUCCAGAUCGAGUCCGUGCCGGAGCUCGUGGCCGCACUCGAGGUUCCCCUCGAGGGCGACGCGGCCGAGGCUGAAGAUCUGACGACGAGCGUGACGCAAUCCCUGCCCGAAGAUCCUCCGAAGGACGAGACGCGACCGCCCGAGAGCGCCGCGGACACCGAGGCGAACACGACGAAGAAGGAGACCGAGCCCGUCGAGCGGGCAUCCGCACCCGAGCAGACCACGACGCUCCCGAUCGCACCCGCCCCCUCCCCCACGCCGUCAUCGAUGCGCACACCCGGAAGGUCGGGAUCCGGCGCGCUGGAGGCGAUCAUGCGCCGCGUGGGUGGAUCCACCGCCAAACGCGUCGCGUCCCCGCGCCUCGCGUCGCGCGGAAGAUUCACGACGUCUCGGCGCGGUGACGGCGACGACGACGACGCCUCCGACGACGCCUCCGACGACGCGUCCUCCUCCGACGACGACGUGGAAGCCGACGUCAUGCUCGGUCGCAAGAAGUGGUUCCCCGACGUCGAGAACGCGCUCAACGUGGAGUACGCCGCGCUCAAACGCGCGCUGCACAAGGACUACGUCGCUCACGUGCGUAAGCUCGAGGCGAGUCUGGAAUCCAUCGAGGCUCGCAUAAGGGACGCGAGGGAGCGACGCGCGGCGGUUCGCCGGGAGACGGCGAGGGAGCGGAGGGAACACGAGAGACUGGCGAGGUCCGCGAACGACGUCGCGCGGGAGCUCGAGCGCUUACGACGGAGGGAGGAGGAGCUCGGCGAGCGCGAGCGGGCGGCGAGGGAUCGCGAGGACGAGAUCGCGUCAGCCACCGCGGAGCUCGCGUCCCGGGCGGAGGACCUUGUAAGGCGCGAGCGUGUAUUGGAACGGCGCGAGCGCGCGGUGCAGAACGAGACGGAGGCGCUGGACGCCCGCGGGCGCGAGUUGGACGCGCAAUUCGACGCGUGCGAGGCGACGAUGGCAAAGUGCAAAGCGGAGAGGGACGAGCACGCGUCCGCGAUGCGCGAAGUCUCCGAGGUGGAGCGACGGCUCGAGGAGGACGCCCGGCGCAUCGCGGCGCAGGGCGAGGCGCUCGCGCGUCGCGGGGAGGAGGACCGCCGCCGCGUGAAGGAGCGCGAGGCGGCCAUCGAGCGACGCGAGGCGGCCAUCGCGGAGAAGGCGGAGGAGGCGGAGGCUGUCCUGGCCAUGGAGCGGGAGGCGGUGCGACUGGCCAUCGGCGAUCGGUUUGAGGAGAUGGAGCGAUCGAGACGGGAGGUGAUGGCCGCGGCGGCGAGGAAGGCGGAGGAUCCGGCGUGGGACGCGGUGCCUCCACCUCCUCCCCGGAUCAGUCACCCUUCAACGGCGGCGGCCCGCCACAGUUCCCCGUCGUCGUUCCGCACCCCGCGGCGGCCUCCACCUCCUCCACCUCCUCCACCUCCUCCACCGCAACACUCUCAACACUCUCAACACCAACAUCAGCCUCAUCCUCACCCUCGCGACGACGAUGUCGGCGUCGUCGGCGGCGAGGCGAGCGUGCUGACUGGCGCGGGCGCGCGUUGGGCCGCGGGCGUACCCUCCCCCGCGGCGGCGGCGGCGGUGAGGAAGGGCGCGGUCCUCGUGCCCGUGUACCGCGGCGGCAUGCCCGGCGCCGGCGGCGUCAGGAUAUGCGACGUCGCCGUCGCGUCGACCACCACGCUCGGCGGUUUGCGCUCGGCGCUCGCGGCGCAUCUCGGGUUGUCAACGCGGGACGGGCUCGCGAUUCGCCGGCGGGGCACAGCUGUGCCGCCGACGCAGGAUCACCUCCCGGCGUCGACGUACUUCGGCUCGUACGACGACGCGGUGGUGUUAGACUGA